AGGCGUUUGGUGGCCUUCGUGGAUCCAGGUGUCUCUCACAUAAUGUCUUUUCCUAAGGCGCCCCUGAAAAGAUUCAAUGACCCUUCGGGUUGUGCUCCAUCUCCAGGUGCUUAUGAUGUUAAAACUUCAGAAGUCUCUAAAGGACCAGUGUCUUUUCAGAAAUCACAAAGAUUUAAAAACCAAAAAGAAUCGCAACAAAGUUUUAAUGUUGACAAGGAUACUACCUUGCUUGCUUCAUCUAAAACAGCAAAGAAUUUGGUGUCAAAGAAGGAGCCUCAGAAGAAUGAUAAAGAUUUGAAGAGAUUAGAAAAAGAGAUUCGUGUCCUUUUACAGGAGCGAGGUGCUCAGGACAAACGGAUCCAAGAUAUGGAAUCCGAGUUGGAGAAGACAGAAGCAAAGCUAAAUGUAACAGUCAGAGAGAAAACAUCUCUUUCUGCAAAUAAUGCUUCACUGGAAAAAAGGCUUAUUGAACUAACCAGAGCCAACGAGCUACUAAAAUCUAAGUUUUCUGAAGAUGGUCAUCAAAAGAGCAUGAGAACUCUAAGCCUGGAGUUGAUGAAACUUAGAAACAAAAGAGAAGCAAAAAUGAGGAGUAUGAUGGCUAAACAUGAAGGCAUGGAGCUGAAGCUGCAGGCCACUCAGAGGGACCUUGUAGCCUCACAGGGGAAAAUAGUUCAACUGGAGGGAAAACUUGUUUCCAUGGAGAAAGAACAGAUUGAUGAAAAAUCUGAAACAGAAAAACUCUUAGAAUACAUUGAAGAAAUUAGUUGUGCAUCUGAUCAAGUAGAAAAAUAUAAAGUUGAUAUUGCCCAGUUAGAAGAAGAUUUGAAAGAGAAGGAUCGUGAAAUUUCAAGUCUUCAGCAGUCUCUUGAGGAAACCGUCACAUUUUCUAAGCAAAUAGAAGACCUGACUGUUAAAUGUCAGCUGCUUGAAAGGGAAAAAGAUGAUCUUGUCAACAAGGACAGAGAAAGGGCUGAAAGUCUUAGUGCUGAGAUACAGAUGGUCACAGAAAAGCUUGUUCUAGAAAAAGAAGAAUAUGAAAAGCUGCAACAAAAAGAAUUGCAAAUUGAGUCACUUCUGCAACAAGAGAAGGAAUUGUCUGCCAGUCUUCAGCAGCAGCUCUCCUCUUUUCAAGAGGAAAUGACCUCAGAGAAGAAUGUCUUUAGAGAAGAGCUAAAGCUUGCCCUAGAGGAGCUGGAUGCAGUACAACGGAAAGAGGAACAGAGUGAAAAGCUGGUUAAACAGCUGGAAGAAGAGACAAAGUCAACUGCUGAACAACUGAAGCGCCUAGACGAGCUGCUUAGAGAGAAAGAACUUGAGCUGGAGAAAAGUAAUGCUGCUCAUAUCCAUGCCACCUUGACUUUACAGGAGAGGUAUAAUGAUACAGUGCAAGAUCUUAGAGACAUUACUGCUCAAUUGGAAAGCUAUAAAACAUCAACACUUAAAGAAAUAGAAGAUCUUAAGCUGGAGAACUUGACUCUACAAGAAAAAGUAACCACGGCUGAAAAGAAUGUAGAAGAUGUCAAACACCAGAUACUGACAGCUGAGAACACAAAUCAAGAAUAUGCAAGGAUGCUUCUAGAUCUGCAAAACAGAUCAACAUUGAAAGAAGCAGAAAUUAAAGAAAUCACAUCUUCGUCUCUUAAGAAAAUAGCUGAUUUGCAAAAUCAACUCAGACAACAAGAUGAGGACUUUAAGAAGCAACUCGAAGAGGAAGAAGCAAGAAAGGCAGAGAAAGAAGAUGCAGUGGCAGAGUUAACUUUGGAAAGUAAUAAAUGGCGUCUCCUUUAUGAAGAACUAUAUAACAAGACUAAACCUUUUCAGCAACAACUGGAUGCAUUUGAAGCAGAGAAACAGGCAUUGCUAAAUGAACGUGGUGCAACUCAGGAACAGCUAAAUAAAAUCAGAGAUUCGUAUGCAGAGCUACUGGGUCACCAGAAUCUAAAGCAAAAAAUCAAGCAUGUUGUGAAAUUGAAAGAUGAAAAUAGCCAACUCAAAUCGGAGGUGUCAAAACUCCGAUCUCAGCUUGUUAAAAGGAAACAAAAUGAGCUCAGACUUCAGAGAGAAUUAGAUAAAGCUCUGGGCAUUAAACACUUUGACCCUUCCAAGGCUUUUCAUCAUGAAUCUAAAGAGAAUUUUGCCCUCAAGACCCCAUUAAAAGAAGGCAACACAAACUGCUGCUGAAUUCUGAUGGAACAUUACGAAUCAUGGAAGUACACGUCUGAAAUGCCAUUGAAGAUUAUUAUUCCUGAUAUUAUGUUCAUAGUAUAUAUAUUAUAUAUUUAAUUUCUA